AUGCCCACGACACUGGAGAGAUACCACAGAUACAAUUAUGCUGCAGUGGAAGGAAGCCAACCUUCAACAGAUUCACAGAACACGUACCAGGAGUAUUUGAACCUUAAAACAAGAGUGGAAAUGUUACAACAAUCUCAAAGGCAUGUGCUAGGAGAAGAUUUGGGACAAUUGAGCAACAAAGACCUGGAACAGCUUGAACGUCAACUGGAUUCAUCACUUAGGCAAAUAAGGUCAACAAGGACACAACACAUGCUUGAUCAACUUACUGAACUUCAACAAACGGAAGAAUCUCUUACUGAAAUGAACAAAUCUUUGAGGAUGAAGUUUGAAGAACUUGGUGUUGCCCUUCAGACAUCGUGGCAAUCUGGACAGCAGCAGCCUGAUGGAUUCUUUCACCCUGUGGCUUCCAAUAAUUCAAUGCCUAUCAGGUACAAUACUGUGCUACCAGAAAAUGCAGAACCAUCAACACAGCAUGCUACUGGAGUUGUACCUGGAUAUCGGUUUGAUAUUGGAGGGACCUGAUUACAGCAUAAAGGAUUGGGAAACAAAGUUGAUGAAUGUUAGAGGAAACAAAAACUAAUAAAAUGAUGCAUAUCUCUCUUACAUAGAAAUAGAGUUUCACUAUUACCGCUUGAAUAUUUACUUAGCGAACUCUUGAUUAUAUAUCUUCUAUCUAUAUUUUAUUGUAAAAGCACGAAUAAUUUAUGUUAAAUGUUGAAUGACUAAAAUAUUCUUGAGACUUUGAUA